AAGUCGUCACCUUCAUCACCCUACUCUACCAUGGCAAGCUCAAAGCCGAACUACGGCAGCAUCCCCACUCUCAAGCUGAACAGCGAUCCUCCGACGUCGGUUCCCUGGAUUGGGUUUGGCACAGGCACGGCGUUCUACAACAAGGACAACGAGAAGACCAUCGCCUCCGUCCACAACGCGCUCAAGGCUGGGUUCCGCCACCUCGAUGGCGCUCAGAUGUACAACAACGAGGCAGCGCUUGGCGAGGGUCUCGCGCGUUUCCUCAAGGAGAAUGGCUCUGUGGAAAGGAAGGACGUAUUCGUCACGACCAAGCUCACCAACAUCCAGAACUACGAUACCACUGGCAAGACCACCGAGAACGCCGUCACCGCGCUUGACAAGUCUCUCGCACGGCUGCAGCUCGACUACGUCGAUCUGUACCUCAUUCAUAUGCCGAAAGCGUAUGCCAACACCCCCGGCGUCGACGUCGUAUGGAAGGAUAUGAUCAAAACGGUGGAACAGGGAAAGGCAAAAGCGAUAGGGGUGUCGAACUUUCAGCAGCGGCAUUUGCAGACGAUUGUCGAUCUCCAGAAGAGCAACGACAAAGUGCUUCUUCCUGUCGUGAACCAGAUCGAGUAUCACGUACACCUGCUAGAGGGCCCAGGCGGUCCUAUGACUCAGCUCCUCGAAUUCCAUGAGAAACAUGGCAUCGUCACCUCCUCGUAUGGCGGCCUUAACCCGCUGUACAAGGAGCCGGGCCAAGUGCCCGCUCGCGACCACCUCAAAGCCGUCCUUCGCAAUAUCGCCAAGGACGUCGUGCCCGGCUUCGAUCCGAGCAAGGACGACCGCGAGACGGAAACGCACCUCAGCCAGGUGCUUACCCUCUGGUCGAAGCAGAAGGGUAUUUUGGUUGUAACGACGACUGGCGACUAUGAGCGCGCCACGAAGUACGUCGACACGGCCAACCUCCCAGCCCUCUCGGCCGAACAGAUCAAGAAGAUAGACGACGCAGGGAAAGCGUACCCCAAGCGCUAUUUUGAGAGCAAUUGGCCAUCAAAGGAUUAACCAAAUGCGUGUUGGAAUUGGAAAAUCCGCUAGUUGGUCCUGCAGCACACGGGGGAUAAUCGUUCGAACUUUCGGAGAACAGCGUAGAUUGACCAACAAUUUGUACGUUUCAGAACAUCAUGUCAGAGGGUCUACGAAUUAGUGCAAUGUGCUCGCGCGUUCCCUAUGAGAGUGUAGUUGAACAUCUGAAAGAG